GCUUGGGAAGUCCCCCGAGAGAAGCCACGUUUCCUCGGAGUCGUACGAGCCGAUCUCGCCACCCCAGGCGCCAGCAGUCCACGACAAACAGGACAACUUCCUGCUGCUCUCGCAAAGACCAGAGCCUUCGGAACAGAGGACGGACUCCCGUUCUCCGGGAAGCAUCGCCUACCUGCCUUCCUUCUUCACCAAACUGGAGAGCACCUCCCCGAUGGUGAAGUCGAAGAAACAGGAGAUCUUUCGCAAGCUGAACUCGUGCGGGGGAAAUGAAUCCGAUAUGGCAGCUGCUCAGCCUGGGACGGAAAUAUUCAACUUGCCAGCAGUCACCACGUCAGGUUCGGUGAGCACCCGCGGCCCUUCCUUAGCCGAUCCGGCCAGCAACCUGGGCCUGGAGGACAUCAUCCGCAAAGCCCUGAUGGGCAGCCUCGAGGACAAAGGCGAGGACCACCCCCUGGUGAUGGGGCAGCCCCUGGGGCUGUUGCCCGGCGGCUCCAGCGGAUCGUUGCCGACAAACAGCGAAGCUCGGCGGGAAGAAACCAGCCCCUCCCCUAAUCCAG